UAUGUGACACGGCACCAGAGUUAAGUUGGAGUUUUUCAAAAUGCUGACACGCCGAGCUCAGAAGGUUCGCCAUCACUGCCCUGGCUCCCGGGAGGCACUGCUGGGUUUUAUCCUUCAGCCGGUGGGCGAUCACAGGUAGUUCUGUUUGCCAGUAGAUGGCGCUGUACACAAGGUGUGGUGAUGCCGGGGCGCCUGCACCUCGGGGCAGGGUGGGGGUCCCUGUGGUCAGGGGAGCCGCUGCCUGGGGGAGCGCUGCUCCCGUCCUCCCCACCCCACCCGGAAAGCUGGCUCCCCUGCCCAGGAACGGCCUCCCUGCCUUCGGGGGCUUGUUUCUCGCUGGAGUGGGUUCCUGAGAUGGAAGGGCCCAGCGUGUGUCCUGAGGAACGGAGGCGGGCUGGUGUGCUGGCCCUGGGGUCCAUGAGGUGGAGCUGUGGGUGCUGUCUGGAGGACCAGGCCGUGUGUGCGUGCAUGCGUACAUGUGUGUGUGCGUGCGCGCGUGUGUGUGUGUGCGUGUGUGCGCGUGUGUGACAAGCACACCUCUGUCAGCAGUGCUGAGGCAGAAACGGGCCGUCUGUGUACAUGUGUGCGCAUGUGUGUGUGCGCAUGUGUGUGUGCGCAUGUGUGUGUGCGUGUGUGACGAGCACACCUCUGUCAGCAGUGCUGAGACAGAAACGGGCCGUCCGUGUACGUGUGUGUGUGUGUGUGUGCGUGUGCGUGUGCGUGUGCGACGGGCACACCUCUGUCAGCAGUGCUGAGACAGAAACGGGCCGAGCCGCGGGCCUGCUGCUGGCGGGACGGGUGUGUUCUGGGCUCUGCCUGUGGGCCGUGUUGAAGGGCAGACCUCUGUGGUGACGGGGACAGCCCACCAUCGCUCCCCCUGGUGGAAGGGAAGCCGCGGCCUGGCCUCUGCACCCAGGGGUGUGUGCCCGCAGGUGGGUUCCUGGCUGUGCUCCCCCUGUGGUCACUGAGGCCCCCGGACAGCCAGGUGCUCCGGGUGCCGCCCACACAGCUCUGUGCCGACCUGCCCCCUGCGCUCCUCAGGCUGUUCUCCUGCCCUGGACACUGUUGGUGCGGACAGACCUGUCCUGUCCAGCCGUCUGCUCCAGGCCCUGCCAGGCUCUGGCGGCACUGCCCCUCCCCCGCCAGCCCAGGUCCUGUCCUUGGUGACCAUGCGUGCGGAGUGGGGUGCCCGCACAGGACCAGGGGUGGCGGUGCCUCCCGUGGGAAGGGAGGGCACGCUGAGAACGCCGGCGCAGCCACGGCGGGCAUCGUCCCUCGUCCUGUGUGCCGUCCUGGCCUUUGGUUCUGCCCUAAUAGGUACAUGUCGCAGAGCAAGCACGCCGAGGCCCGCGAGCUCAUGUGCUCCGGGGCGCUGCUGUUCUUCAGCCACGGCCAGCAAAACAGUGCUGCGGACCUGUCCAUGCUGGUCUUGGAGUCGCUGGAGAAGGCGGAAGUGGAGGUGGCCGAUGAGCUGUUGGAAAAUCUGGCUAAACUGUUUAGUCUGAUGGACCCGAACUCCCCAGAGCGCGUGGCCUUUGUGUCCAGGGCCCUGAAGUGGUCCAGCGGGGGCUCCGGGCGGCUGGGCCACCCCCGGCUGCACCAGCUGCUGGCCCUCACCCUGUGGAGAGAGCAGAACUACUGCGAGUCUCGGUACCACUUCCUGCACUCGGCCGACGGGGAGGGCUGCGCCAACAUGCUGGUGGAGUACUCCACGUCCCGCGGCUUCCGCAGCGAGGUGGACAUGUUUGUGGCCCAGGCCGUCCUGCAGUUCCUCUGUUUAAAAAACAAAAGCAGUGCAUCCGUGGUGUUCACGACGUACACCCAGAAGCACCCGUCCAUCGAGGACGGCCCUCCGUUCGUGCAGCCGCUGCUCAACUUCAUCUGGUUCCUGCUGUUGGCCCUGGACGGAGGCAAACUGACCGUGUUCACGGUGCUGUGUGAGCAGUACCAGCCGUCGCUCCGGCGGGACCCCAUGUACAACGAGUACCUCGACAGGAUAGGACAGCUCUUCUUCGGGGUGCCGCCCAAGCAGACGUCUUCCUACGGGGGCUUGCUCGGCAACCUUCUGAGCAGCCUCAUGGGCUCCUCGGAGCAGGAGGGCGAGGACAGCCAGGACGACAGCAGCCCCAUCGAGCUCGACUGACGCCCCGACCUGCACCAAGAGGCGCCCUGCCUGGCGGCGGGUUCCCAGGGCCUGGCCGGCUCCCAGGCCGCCGUGGUUCCGUCGGCCGCCGGUGUGCCCUGGCGGAGGGCACGGGGCUGCGUGGCGCGGCCUCCGAUUGACCCACAAUAAAGCACAGGCUUGCGUGCCACCGCCUCUCCGUCUUUGUUUCGGGUUUGCUUUGGGUGCCGAGGGUCGACACAGGCACCGGGUCGGGGGCUGCCAUCGGCCGCCCCACGUGGACGCCUGUGCCAAAUCCCGGAGCCGUGCCUGCACGGUGGCAUCGCAGACGGCGGAGCUGCCGGCCGCCGCCUCAAGACGCAAUAUUUAUUUCCUGGUGACGAUUCCUUCCCCCGGCGGCCUAGGUCUUACCCAAGUGCCCCGGCCCUCUCAGCUCUACAGAUGUUCCCGGGGUGACAGCGGGACACACUUUAUUUUUCCACAAUUAAAGUCAGAGUUGUAGAUUAUUACUCGGUGAUCAUGCAUGAAGGAGCGGACUACACCACUCUAUUUGCUGUAAAAAUGGAAUAAAAGGGAGGUUUGUGUUCAUCGUUGAAUUUAAAUAAAUUCUUUCUACUGGG